AUGGACGAUUACAAGACUUACCUCGCUGAACAGGUCCUAUCAGAGGGCAAAAUUGUCACAUACCGGAUUUUGAGUCGGGCAUUAAAAGUCAACGUCAAUGUUGCCAAACAGAUGCUUUACGAGUUCCACUCCUGGCAAAAUGGCAAACGCUCAGGAUCAGUCCACGCAACCUACAUGUUGUAUGGUACUAGGAAGGUCACCCACACCAAUGGCCACUCCCAGCAAGACGGCGACGUGGAAAUGGCCAGCUCCCCCCCAGAACUUGAGCCUGCGGUGGAUGACGGCCCCGUGACAACGCUAUCUCUUGUGGCCGAGGAAAGUCUCGAGGAUGUGCUAUCUCAGUAUGAAAGCAUCAGCUCCAUUCACCCAAUCAACGACGCGGCAGCCGAGGACGGUUCAGCCAACAUACAACAUUCCCUUGGACCUGUUCGCAAUCCAUACGUAUGGCGAAGAGAGCGCCAGGGCCAGGGCCCCAGGCCUGCUGCGGCAGUUCCCAAGACAGCUGACGCGAAACCGCCUGCCCCGAGGCACACACCGGCUACGCAAGUCAAGGAGGAAGCCAAGCCAGAACAGAAACCAGCUUCCAAGGAGUCCACUCCAGUGCUGUCAGGGUCGAAGCAACCACCGCCUGCUCUCAAGCGCGGAGCUUCUGGAGGUAUCAUGCAGUCCUUCGCCAAAGCUGCUUCCAAACCGAAGAAUGCUAGUACUCCCCGGUCAACAGCAGCAAGUGCCGCAGAGGAUUCACCUAUGCAGGAACUUUCUGAUGAUGGAGAGGACGAUACUGUGGUCGAGCCCAAGAGUGAAGAUGACACGGCACGGAAGACAAGGAAAGACCGCCAGGAGGAGUUGAAGCGCAUGAUGGAGGAGGACAGUGAAGACGAAGAGCCAGACAAUGAAGACACGCCAAUGGAAGAGCCUGAGGAUGUCCCAGAACCAGAGCCGGAGAUAGACGAGAAACCAGAGCCAGCCGAGGUCAUUUCAAGCGCCAGCAAUGGACGACGCCGGGGAAGGAGGCGUGUGAUGAAAAAGAAGACAGUCAUGGAUGAUCAAGGUUACUUGGUCACUGUUCAGGAAUCUGGUUGGGAAUCUUUCUCAGAGGAUGAACCAGCGCCACCAGCUGCGAAGAAAGCAGAGGCCAGCUCACAACCCUCCAAGCCCAAGAAACCAGCUGCGAAGGGCGCAGGAUCCCUGGAAGUGCGACGAUCUUUGUGGGGUAACAAGCUUCCUAUGCAUGGGAACAUCAACAUCCGAGCAUUGGCAUCUCCUCGACCACCUCCCACCGUCCUCAACCUCUUGCUCCUGGUUCCUUCGCUGUAUCCUGCUCGCACCGGAGCGAGCACUCCGUUCGCAGAACCUCCCCAUACCCCUCGCGCUGUCCUCUCGUUUGGUUCUGCCCGCCGGCAUCGACGAACGCCCAAGACGAUGGGAUUGCUGCGAUCUUCUCUGGCCGCGGCCCUCCUACCGCUGGGUGCGCUCGCACAUGGACCGCUUGGCUAUGCGCAAGAGAAACCGUUGGUGGGCGAUGCCAAUUUUGACUAUGCCGAGGCAUGUCCAGACUAUGCGAAAUACUCGACAAGUCCUCACGAAGGGCCCCUACAGCUGCCGUUCCAGCGGCCACAUCCGAAGUGUCGCACGUUCCACUCUGAUUCAAUCGAGAAUGUUAUUAAAGAUGUUACCUCGCGGAUGAAGAACCCUGACCUGGCCCGCCUCUUCGAGAAUGCCUUUCCAUCGACCACAGAUACGACAGUCAAAUUCCACACCGACGGGACUAGGAAGUUCAAGAAGAAAGAGUUUGGGAGGAGCGCUCUGGACGACGGCGCGUGGACGGGGCCACAGUCAUUCAUUAUCACUGGGGACAUCAUAGCUGAAUGGCUCCGGGAUAGCUGUAAUCAGCUGUCUCCGUACAUGCCGCUUGCGAAGAAGGACAAGGCCGUGUUCAACCUGAUCCUAGGAGCGAUCAACACGCAGUCUGAGUACGUUAUCGAGUCACCGUACUGUAAUGCGUUUCAGCCCCCACCUAUCUCUGGCCUCAAGAACUCGUACAAUGGGCAAGACGACUUUGUUCAUCCGACUUACGAGCCCUCUUUCGUCUUCGAGUGCAAGUACGAGCUGGACAGCCUCGGCCAUUUCUUGACUUUGGCAAACGACUUCUACGAGACCACUGGCUCUCUCGAUUUCGUGAACUUGCGCUGGUUGCUGGCUCUGGAGGGUGUGCUCGAAGUGUUGAGUCAACAGAGCCAGUCUACAUUCGAUCCUGCCACAGGACAGUAUCGCAGGAAUACAUACACCUUCAAGCGUCAGACCUUCGUUGGGACCGAGACCCUGAAUCUAGACGGCGUGGGAAAUCCUCUGAACAAUGGUACUGGUCUUAUCCGCAGCGCUUUUAGGCCCAGUGACGACGCUACCAUCCUUGGCUUCUUCAUCCCAGCGAAUGCCAUGAUGGCGGUUGAAUUGAAGAGGACGGCCAAAGUCCUCAAGGCUGCUGGUGAAACCCAAACUGCGGAGAAGUUCGCAUAUUGGAGUCAGCAGAUUACCGACGGUAUCUGGGAACACGGUGUGGUCCAGCACGCCAAGUUCGGUCGCGUAUUUGCGUACGAAGUCGACGGCUAUGGCUCUCACAUCUUGAUGGAUGACGCCAACUAUCCUAGUUUACUGGCUCUGCCUUUGAUGGGAUUCGUCCCGCCGGACGACGAAGUUUACCAGAACACCCGCAAAAUGCUACUGAGUCGAGCGUCGAAUCCAUACUACCUCGAGGGGCAAGAGUUUCGAGGUAUCGGAGGGCCUCACAUUGGCCUCCGCAAUGCCUGGCCAAUGAGCUUGUUGAUUCAAGCACAAACGACUGACAAUGAUGCUGAGAUCAUGGGUUGCCUUGAUUUUGUGCUGAAAAGUGCCAAGCUUGGACUCAUCCACGAAAGCAUCGACGUGAACUCGGGAUACGCAUAUACCAGGAGCUGGUUCGCUUGGGCAAACGGUGUAUUCGCUGAAACGAUAUUGGACCUAGCCAACCGCAAACCACACUUGAUAUUCAAGGACGCUAUGCCAUACGAUAUAUGGGAGGAUAAACCAUAG